GUUCUCUUUAUUUUAGUCGAGGAUGCAUAGAAGGUUGCUUCUGCAAAGAUGACAAUAUGGUGUUGAAGAACGGCCAAUGCGUACCCCAGUCCCAGUGCUCGGACCAAGUUGGGCAAGCCGUCCAAUUAUGUCCAGAUGAAGACCAGGAAUACCUUCCAUCGGGGAAAACCUGUGCCGCUCUGGAGGUUGGUGACCAACCAAGCGUGCCUGGUUGCUACUGCAAAGAUGGUCUCUAUUGGAACGAAUUUACCAAGAAGUGCGUGGUGAAAAAUGAGUGUGGAUGUGUCCACGAAGGAGAGUACUUCGAACAAAACGCUACCUCUCCAAUAGACUGUUCAUCCACAUGUAACGGUGCACGAGAAUGGGUACAAAAUCCAAACAUCGAACCUCUGCCUGAAUACGAAUGCGCCGCGUACGGUCAGGAUCAAUACCGUACAUUUGACGGCAAAUGGAUCAGCUUUGGUAGUGAGAAGUGCGAAUACCAACUCACGGAAAUAAAAAACACACGGAAUAAAAUUAGUGUGUCAAACGUGGAGUGCGUCGACUCACUGGAACUGCAAAUGUGUAAGAAAGUACUCAUUGAAACUAAAAGCGGGACUGUCGAACUUUUCCAAAAGACCGUACAGAUAACGUUAAAAGGUGGCAAAAUAGUGGAAUAUACCCCUGGAGAUUAUCCACAGCCGUGCAGCAGCAGUGCGCUAAACAACGUGGAGAUAUUCAGUAAGGGAUUAUUCAUGAUCGUACGCGUGUUCGACGAGUAUAAUCCAUUCUUGCCCUUGUAUGAGGUUAAAUACGACCACGGCAAUCGAGUGUUUAUCACGCCAAAUAUGAAGUACAAGGGAACAGAUGAGCUUGCUGGAAUAUGCGGUAAUUUCAACGAACUUGACAGCGACGAUUACAAUAAACGAGACGGAACCAUCGCCACUAAUGAUGGUGACCUUGGUGACGGUUGGACCAAUGAGUUGGGAUGUGGAGCCCCGCGAGAUACUGACUUCGAAACUGUUUGCGCAGAGCAUAAAGAUCGAGAAAACUGGGCGAAGAAAGGGUGUAAUAUGAUCAAUUCAGAGAAGAACUUCACCGUCUGCCACAGUGUUGUUCCUCCUGAUCCAUACUACGAGGCCUGUCUCCACGAAAGUUGUUUGUGUAGCAAAGGAGGCGACUGUGCAUGCUUCUGCGCAGCCGUGGCUUCUUACGUAAGAGCAUGUAAUCAGCAUGGAGUGUCUAUUCUCUGGCGUCGAGAAGGAUUUUGUGAAAUUCCUUGCUGCCGACCAUGUGCAAACAGCGGUGGGUACGAGGCAAACAUUACUAUCCCUUCAACUUGUGAGCAUGAAGGAAAAUGCGCUGCGAAUGACGAGAGGUGCUGUCGCGGUACCCGCGUAGAAGGUUGCUCUUGUCCGGCUGGAUCUUACUUCAAUGGAAAGAAAUGUGUUAACCAGACGAGUGAGUGUAACGUACCUUGCACCUCCACAACAGCCACUACCUCAUCUAUGUCAAGCACAAGUUCUUCAACUAUUACGACGUCGUCGUCAAUCUCAUCAAGCGUUACAACUUCAAGUUCUGUGUCGUCAUCGUCUUCAGCUUCGUCGUCAUCAAGUGUUUCAACACCAACUACAAUAAGUGUGUCAACAUCAAGUUCUGUUUCAACAUCGUCAUCGCUAUCGACGUCAUCGAGUGUCUCAACUUCAUCAAGUGUGUCAACUUCAAGUUCUGUGUCGACAUCAUCGUCAAUAUCAACAUCAUCAAGUGUGUCCACUUCAUCGAGGUUGUCUACUUCAAGUUCUGUGUCGACGUCAUCGUCAAUAUCAACAUCAUCAAGUGUGUCCACUUCGUCAAGUGUGUCUACUUCAAGCUCUUUGUCGACAUCAUCGUCAAUAUCGACAUCAUCAAGUGUGUCUACGUCAUCAAGUGUGUCUACCUCAAGUUCUGUGUCGACAUCAUCGUCAAUAUCAACAUCAUCAAGUUUGUCCACUUCAUCGAGUUUGUCGACAUCAAGUUCUAUUUCAACAUCGUCGUCGGUAUCGACAUCAUCAAGUGUAUCGACACCAACCACGACUAGUCUAUCAACAGCAACUACGUCAAGUGUCUCAACAUCAAGUUCUGUUUCGACAUCAUCGUCAAUAUCAACAUCAUCAAGUGUGUCAACUUCAUCAAGCGUGUCAACAUCAAGUUCUAUUUCAACAUCGUCGUCGGUAUCGACGUCAUCGAGUGUUUCGACGCCCACUACGACUAGUUUUUCAACAGCAACUAGUUCAUUAUCAACAUCGAGUCCAACUUUCUCCACGUAUACAACAGAAUCAACAAUUUCUACUUCGACAACAGUUCCUACCACCACAUUCACAUCAAUAAGUACAAGUAUAUCCUCGUCGAGUGUUAAGUCCACAACGUCAGUUUCAACGUCGUCGAGUGUGUCAACUUCAAGUUCUGCUUUAUCAACAUCGUCGUCAUCGUCGACAAGUGAAGGACGCCAGACAGUGACUCGGCAAUCAACGAGAUUCACUACCCCUCCUGUGAUUACAUCGACGAGAUCAAUAAUUAUCACUUUAACCAGCAGUACAUCAACAUCAUCCAGUGUGUCAACGUCAAGUGUCUCAACUUCAAGUUCGUUGUCGACAUCGUCGUCGCUAUCGACAUCAUCAAGCGUAUCCACACCCACCACGACAAGUCUCUCAACAGCAACUACGUCAAGUGUGUCCACGUCAAGUUCUGUUUCGACAUCAUCGUCAAUAUCAACGUCAUCGAGUGUGUCAACUUCGUCAAGUGUGUCAACUUCAAGUUCUGUGUCGACAUCAUCGUCAAUAUCGACGUCAUCAAGUGUGUCCACUUCAUCAAGUGUGUCGACAUCGUCGUCAAUAUCAACAUCAUCAAGUGUGUCCACUUCAUCAAGCGUGUCGACAUCAAGUUCUGUUUCAACAUCGUCGUCGGUAUCGACAUCAUCGAGUGUUUCGACACCCACGACGACCAGUUUGUCAACAGCGACUACGUCUAGUGUGUCAACCUCAAGUUCUGUGUCGACAUCGUCGUCAAUAUCAACAUCAUCAAGUGUGUCCACUUCAUCAAGUGUGUCAACCUCAAGUUCUGUGUCGACAUCGUCGUCAAUAUCAACAUCAUCAAGUGUGUCCACUUCAUCAAGUGUGUCCACAUCAAGUUCUGUGUCGACGUCAUCGUCAAUAUCAACAUCAUUAAGUGUGUCCACUUCAUCAAGUGUGUCUACUUCAAGUUCUAUCUCAACAUCAUCGUCACUUUCAACAUCGUCCUCGAUAUCGACUUCAUCGAGUGUGUCAACUUCAUCAAGUAUCUCCACUUCAAGUUCCGUGUCUUCUUCAUCCAGCGUGUCAACUUCAUCAAGCUUGUCGACUUCGUCAAGUGCAUCAACCACGUCAAGUGCGUCGUCAUAUUCAACAGCCACCACGUCACUUUCCACUUCAUCAAGUCUCACCACAAGCUAUAGUACUUCAAUUAGUACUACUAUUACUCCUACAUCCGCCUCGUCGUCGACGCCAGUAUCAAGCAGCUCGGUUUGUCCGAUUUGCAAAUACACAAACACAUUGAACGAGACUGAGUACUACCACGAGGGUGAUGUUUGGACGGACGGGCCAUGUAUUACAGCUUAUUGUAAAGUGGUUUAUAAUGACUGCUUCAAUAACAAUAAAACCGCUCAAAUAGAGAAGGACAAGAUAGUCUGCUCUGAAUGUCCACCGGGAUUUAUUCGACCUCCUCCACAACCGGACGUCUGCUGCCCAAUGUGUGAGCCAAUAGAAUCAGAGAUAGCGAAGCCACCAAAAGAAGGAGAGGUCUGCAAGCUGCACACAAACGACGCACCGGAGUUUGUGAAGACUGGGGACAAAUGCAUUUCGAAACACAAGUACAGAGUCACCUCCUGCCGUGGCAAUUGCGAUUCCAGGUCGGUUGCUGUGACUGGUGAAAGCCUGUAUGAUGCCGAUUGCACAUGCUGUCAACCCGCUGUCUAUCAGACAAUAGACAUUCCUGUGGUCUGCGACGGCCAAGAAAGAAUUGCCAAGUUCACUAACAUCACUAUGUGCAAAUGCGAGAAGUUCGAAUGCCAGGCAGGUCCGUCACAUGACAAACAGGUCCAAAUUAACGGAGAGGGUAUUGUCGUGGAUAACUCCAUGAAGAAAAAGCGGCGUCGGCGUGCACUUUCGCGCUUGUUUGCGCUUCCUCCGUAGCGGAUUAAAAAAAGAGAGAGAGGUGUACAAGUAUAUGGAUAGUUUAGAAAAGAAAUUAUAAGUCUUGGACGGGAAAGAAGAAUAUAUUAUUACAGAAAUAUACCUGGAACAUGACUUCGGGAAUGGGGGAAAGUUUACGAUAUUGAGUGUAAACAGUAAAAGGGAUUGCACGAAUUGAAAUAAACUUUAUUGAAGGGGACUAAAA